GCUGCUCUCUUCCUCAUAAUGGCUCAUGUUCAAUGGAGGCAGUUUGCCUUCUUCGAUAGGAGUCCCGUCACCGACUCGAGCGAUCAGUCGAAACCGCCAGAAGCAUUUCAGCAAUCAAACACGACGGUGUUCACCAGCGGUCGCGGCCACAUAAUCUUGGCAGAUUCGACAGGCUUUGUACACUUAAUAGAUAGAGAGUUCAACACAAGGUCAUUUUUGGCUUAUGACGGUGGCCGGGUUACACAUUUGAAACAGCUGAAGCAAAGCAAUGUCAUAAUAACCGUUGGAGAACACGACCAAAGCAAUCAGCCACCAGUGAUUAAGUUUUGGGAUUUCGAGAAAGUGGAUUUGAAUAAGAAGACAGAAGAUGGCAUAAUAGCUCCUUCCUGUACACGAACGAUAAAGAUACAGCAUGGUGGAAUGGUCUAUCCCGUUUCUACUUUUGCUGUGCUUGAGAACUUGACGCAGAUCGCAGUUGGUCUCGCUAAUGGAACUGUAAUAUUGAUUAGAGGAGAUUUACAAAAAGAGAGAACUACGAAGCAAAAGGUGAUCCAUGAAGGUUCGGAGCCUAUCACUGGUUUGGGAUUCCGUGAACAAACGAAGUCCAUCAUUUUGUUCAUGGUUACCACCAGCAGCGUCAUGACUUACAACACCACUGCGACCAAACCUACAACUACCACACUGGACGAUCAAGGGUGCGGUUUAGGGUGUGCAGUUAUGAGUGACUCCCAAGACAUGAUUCUUGGUCGGGACGAGGCUAUUUAUCAAUACGACUCAACUGGAAGAGGUCCUUGCUUUGCAUACGAAUCACCUAAAACCUCUCUUACCUGGUUCAAGUCUACAUAUCUCAUCAUAACAUCUCCUCCUUUGUCCUCAACUGUUCCCAGCUAUCGUCCUGGCUCUGCUCGAACGGCAAACAUUAACUUCCAGCCUCAGCCAGGACAACAAACUAGCUCAAGUGAUCUUACACGAUUGACAAUUUUUGACACUGCCAACAAAUUUGUUGCGUUUAAGGAUAGCUUCAUAGGAGGUAUUCGUGGUGUUGUAUGUGAAUGGGGAUCCAUUUGGAUCUUUGGUCUUGACAACAAGAUUUAUCGUCUGGAUGAAAAGGAUACCCCUAGUAAAUUGGAGAUCUUGUUCAAGCAGAAUCUCUAUGUCCUUGCAAUUAACUUGGCGCACAUGCAAAAAUAUGACGACGCCAGUAUUGUUGAGAUUUUCAAGAAGUAUGGAGAUCAUCUCUAUAUCAAAGGCGAUUAUGACGGUGCUAUGGAACAGUAUCUGAGGACUAUAGGCAAACUUGAGCCAUCAUAUGUCAUUCGAAAGUUUUUGGAUGCACAGCGAAUAUAUAACCUUACGUCGUAUCUUCAAGAUCUUCAUUCUAGAGGCCUUGCAAAUGCGGAUCACACAACCCUAUUGCUAAACUGUUAUACCAAAUUGAAGGACGUUGCGCGUCUGGAUGAGUUUAUCAAGAAUGAUGCAGAUCUGACUUUUGACUUGGAAACGGCCAUUACUGUGUGUCGCCAGGCUGGCUACUAUGAGUAUGCGGUAUACUUGGCAGAGCGAUUUGAAGAACAUGAUCUGUACUUGAAUAUCAUGCUCUUGGAUAUGCAUAAUUACAAUUCUGCCUUGGCCUAUAUUGCAAAACUUGGUCCGAAAGAGGCGGAGAGAAAUUUGCAGAAAUACGCAAAGGUUCUGUUGAAGCAUCUUCCGCAGCAAACAACACGUCUCCUUAUCAGAUUAUGUACAGGAACAAUGCCACCUGCAACGGCUAUGUCUCCUCCGCCUCUACCUCUGCGUCCAACUUCCCCAACAUCUUCUAUUAGGAAUACGGCGUCAGCCCUUCAAGCUUUGUCAAUGCUUCCGUUUGCUGGCGGGACAUUGGACGAUGCAGCCUCAGGAAAGCACCAGCCUGUAGCCGCUGUUAAAAGAUCAGAAAAGAUUCCCAAGCACAUUUUUGAAAGCUAUGCGCCACCAUCGGCCCAAACUUUCAUGCCGGCGUUUGUUGAUCAUCCCGAUUAUCUCGUACAAUUUUUAGAGGAGGUUUACGAACAACGUACUGCUUCGUUAAGAGAAAAAGUCACUAUCAGCGAGGUUGCUUCUGUGAAGAGUUACCCGGUCAAGGAAGAGCCCGCUGCUGAACCCAGCUCGAGCGAUGUUGAAGAACAAAAAGUGCUAUGGACUGCCUUGCUUGAAUUAUAUCUGAUGGAUGAACGGCCAAUCGACACCAGUUUGGAUGACGAUGAUUCAAGCACUCCUAAAGAAUUUCCAACCACACCUCCACUUACCAGUGAUGUUGACCUCAGUGAACAAGAAAUAGCUCGCAGGAGGGUACUGCGGUCCAAAGCAUUAGCUUUACUCAAAGAUCAAGCAGUUGACUAUGACGCCAAUCAGGCACUUGUCCUUUGCCACUUGAAACAAUUUGACGAAGGAGUGGUCUAUUUAUACCAAAAGAUGGAAAUGUACAGUGACAUUGUCCGUUUCUGGAUGGAAAAAGAAGAAACUGAUAAAGUUAUUGAAUGCGCCAGAAAAUACGGUCCAAAGGACGCUUCUCUAUACCCCAUGGUAUUAACAUAUUUCUCUUCGGCUCCCGACACGCUGAAAAAAUCGACGUCGGAACUACUCUCUGUGUUGGAUCACAUUGAUGCACAAGACUUACUCCCACCUCUGCAAGUCAUCAAGGCUCUCAGCCAUAACGAUGUCGCCUCUUUGUCACUGAUCAAAAACUAUAUGGGACGAAAGAUUGAAAAGGAACGCAAGGAGAUGGAAAGAGAUCAUGCUCUGAUCAAGAACUACAGGGAUGAGACAGAAGCACGACGCGAAGAAAUUGAUGAUUUGCAAUCCAGUGCGCGCGUGUUCCAAGUUACAAAGUGCUCUGGAUGCGGCGGAAUGCUUGAACUUCCUACCGUUCAUUUCCUUUGCAGACAUUCUUAUCAUCUUCGCUGCGUAGCGGAAAAUGAGAAAGAGUGUCCACAAUGUGCAGUGCAACACAGAAUGAUAUCGGAGAUGCGUCGAACCCAAGAAGCAAAUGCUGAUAGACAUGAUCUAUUUUAUGCUCAGUUGGAAGAUGCAGAAGAUGGAUUUUCCGUCAUCGCAGAUUACUUUUCCAAGAACACAAUGGCUUUUGCCAAACUUAUUGAUUAGGGUAGAAAUAAUGGUAUAAUACAAUUAUCGUUUGAAGAGCGGAUCACGUCCCAAAUGGUUCCUGUUGCAUGCUUUCAUACAGCUAAUUAUCUUUUUUUUGAGCCAUAAGCAACAUAAUUCAUUUUCCACGAUAAUAAUGCUUACUUAGCCAAUCAAUAUAACCCAAAGCUUUCGCGUAGUAAUACGAUUUUCCUCGUUAUGAAAAUGGAUAAUGGUGGUCACUGAGUU